CUCGACUCUAGACGAGUGUGUACAGCAGACAUUACUUAAACGUCAAAGUAUUUUUAUUUGACAUUAGUCAAUUAUUUGACAUUUGACAACUUUUCUGUUGAAUAGCGAACACCAAUGUAGAUAAAUUUGUAAUUUAUUGUUGUAAACAUGGCAAAUACAGGACUGUUGCCGUUUGUGCGUGGUGUAGACUUUACGUGUAACGAUUUCAGUGAUGAUAAAUUCCCGGAUGCUAUCCGGUACAUGACCGGAUUACAAUGGCUAAGGUUGGACAAAACAAACCUCACAGAUAUCCCUGAAGAGUUGGGAAAACUUAUGAAAUUAGAGAACCUAUCACUUAAAAAGAAUGGUUUAGAAAAGUUGUUUGGUGAGUUGACCGAGCUGAAAUGUUUGCGGUCUCUGAAUGUGAGGCAUAACAAGGUGAAGAGUUCAGGGAUACCAGCAGAGCUGUUUCGGCUUGAAGAGCUGACCACCCUUGACUUGUCACAUAACAGGUUGAAAGAAGUGCCAGAAGGAUUGGAGAAAGCGAAAUCUCUACUUGUCCUGAACCUUAGCCAUAACAAGAUCGAAAGCAUCCCGCCUACUCUGUUUGUCCAGUUGACGGACCUAUUGUUCCUAGACUUGUCAAACAACUUGCUGGAGACUCUGCCCCCUCAGACUAGAAGGCUGGCGAACCUGCAGACUCUCAUACUGAAUGAUAAUCCCCUUGGGCUUUUUCAAUUGAGACAGUUACCAUCUCUCCAAAGUCUGGAGACGCUGCACAUGCGCAACACGCAGCGCACGGUGGCUAACCUGCCGACCUCACUCGACGCGCUGUCCAACCUCUCUGACGUCGACCUCUCCAAGAAUGCACUUCACAAAGUGCCUGAUGCACUCUACUCACUGGUCAACUUGAAACGAUUGAAUCUAAGUGACAAUGAGAUCACUGAGUUUUGUAUAGCUAUGGACGCGUGGCUUAAACUGGAGAGCCUGAACCUGUCGCGGAACAACCUGACGAUCCUGCCGGCGUCGCUGUGUAAGCUGCAGAACCUCAGGCGGUUCCACGUGGACGACAACAAGCUGGACUUCGACGGCAUACCCUCGGGUAUCGGCAAGCUCGGCAACUUGGAGGUGUUCUCCGCUGCCAACAACUUGCUCGAGAUGAUACCUGAAGGAUUGUGCAGAUGCGGCUCUCUAAAGAAAUUGAAUCUGAGCUGCAACAAGCUCAUAACCCUCCCGGAUGCCAUCCACCUGCUCAGCGAGCUGGAGAGCCUGCAGCUGCACGGCAACCCGGACCUGGUGAUGCCGCCCAAGCCGGUGGAGCGGCCGCGCGGCGCUGGCCUCCAGUACUAUAACAUAGACUUCUCACUGCAAGCUCAACUUCAACUGGCUGGUGCUGCUACUGCUGAACCCACCACGCCUAGCAGUGUGAAAUCGGACCCGAUAGCCCGUAAGCUGCGCCUGCGCCGCGGUCGGCCAGAGCCCGAGCAGAAAGACUCGGCACUGAUCUUGCGCGGCAUGCAGGAGCAAGCCAACACUCAGCACAACGACCAGAAACUAGAGCAACGGAACAGCGAACUCAAGCCUAAGCGCUGGGACGAGAGCCUUGAGAAGCCGCCGCUAGACUACUCUGAGUUUUUCGACGAGGACACGGGCCAGGCGCCCGGCCUGCAGGUCUGGGAGAUCGAGAACUUCAUACCCGCGCCCAUUGACGAGGUGGCACACGGAAAGUUCUUUGAAGGCGACUGUUACAUAAUAUUGAAGACAUCUAUCGAAGAACAGGGACAAUUGGCUUGGGAUAUACAUUUUUGGAUCGGAUCAAAAGCUACUUUGGACAAGGGCGCAUGCGCGGCGAUGCACGCGGUGAACCUGCGCAACCUGCUCGGGGCCAGGCGCACGCAGCGCCACGAGCAGGCCGACGAGUCGCCGGAGUUCCUCGCGCUGUUCCCCGCGCCGCCCGUCUACAUACAGGGCAGCCACACGCCCUCAGGGUUCUUCACCGUCGACGACCCGCACUACGUGACGCGCCUGUACCGCGUGCACGGCGCCGGCACGAGCGUACACCUGGAGCCGGUGCGCGUGUCCGCCGACGAACUCGACCCGCGCUACGUGUUCCUGCUCGACACCGGGCUCACCAUCUACUUGUGGAACGGCAAGAAAGCAAAGAACACGCUCAAAUCGAAGGCUCGUUUGUUCGCCGAGAAGAUAAACAAAGAAGAAAGGAAGAACAAAGCGGAAUUGAUCGCGGAGCCUCUCGGCAAGGAGCCACCCAGCUUUUGGGAAAUCCUGGGCUAUGAGGAUGAGGAACCAUUUGUGCCAGAGGAGCACGUGCCCGAGGACUUCUCAUGGCGUCCGCCGCGGCUGUACCGCGUGGAGCUGGGCAUGGGCUACCUGGAGCUGCCGCAGCCCGAGGCCACGCCGCUGUCGCGGGACGUGCUGGCCACACGCAACGUCUACAUACUCGACGCGCACAUCGACGUUUUUGUCUGGUUCGGCAAGAAGUCGUCCCGGCUGGUGCGUGCGGCGGCGGUGAAGCUCGCGCAGGAGCUGUUCAACAUGGUGCCGCGCCCCGCGCAUGCGCUCGUCACGCGCCUGCAGGAGGGCACCGAGACACAGGUGUUCAAGACGUACUUCCUAGGCUGGGAGGAGGUGAUCGCGGUGGACUUCACGCGCACGGCCGAGUCCGUCGCACGCACCGGCGCCGACCUCGCCAGCUGGGCCAAGCAGCAGGAGACCAAAGCGGACCUCUCAGCACUGUUCACACCGCGUCAGCCCACCAUGCCGGCAUCAGAAGCGAAGACCCUGGCCGAUGAGUGGAACGAGGAUCUGGAGGCGAUGGAAGCGUUCGUGCUGGAGGGCAGGCACUUCGUCCGACUGCCUGACAACGAGCUCGGCGUAUUCUACACAUGCGACUGCUACGUGUUCCUCUGCAGAUAUGUUUGUGCUGAGGCGGAGGAGGAGAGCUCGGGGUCGGGGUGCGAGGAGGAGGGCGCGGGCGGGUCGUCGUGGGUGGUGUACUUCUGGCAGGGCCGGCGCGCGCCCAACAUGGGCUGGCUGACGUUCACGUUCGGGCUGGAGCGCAAGUUCAAGCAGCUGUGCCGCCGCCUCGACGUCGUGCGCACGCACCAGCAGCAGGAGAGCCUCAAGUUCAUGGCGCACUUCCAGCGGCGCUUCGUCAUCCGCGACGGCAAGAGGAACGCCAAGACGGAGGGUCGGCUGCCGGUGGAGUUGUUCGAGCUGCGCAGCAACGGCUCGGCGCUGUGCACGCGGCUCGUGCAAGUCAAGGCGGACGCCUCGCAGCUCAACAGCGCAUUCUGUUACAUACUGAACGUGCCGCUGGAGGGCAACAACGAGACGUCCUCGGCCAUAGUGUACGCGUGGAUCGGCAGCAACAGCGACCCCGACUCGGCGCGCCUCAUCGAGCAGAUCGCCGAGGAGAAGUUCAACAACCCGUGGGUCAGCCUGCAGGUAUUGACGGAGGGCAGCGAGCCGGAUAACUUCUUCUGGGUGGCGCUCGGCGGCCGCAAACCAUACGACACUGACGCGGACUUCCUCAACUACACGAGGCUGUUCCGAUGCUCCAACGAGAAGGGAUACUUCACCGUGUCAGAGAAAUGCACUGACUUCUGCCAGGACGACUUGGCGGACGACGACAUCAUGAUUUUGGACAACGGCGAGCAAGUGUUCCUGUGGCUCGGCGCCAAGUGCUCCGAGGUGGAGAUCAAACUCGCUUACAAGUCUGCGCAGGUCUACAUUCAACACAUGAAGAGCAUGCAACCAGACAGGCCGCGGAAACUGUUCCUCACAUUGAAAAAUAAGGAGUCGCGAAGGUUCACCAGGUGCUUCCACGGCUGGGGAGAGCACAAGAGGCCGCCGGAGUAAACCUCACUUGAUCGUACUACACGCCUUUACAUGAUACACUCAGAACCAGUGGGGAAGUGCCCAUAUAAUCCGAUUUCUACCAGCUUCCCUUUCGUAAUUAAUGUAAAAUCUAAUUAUAAUCAUUAGAUCAAUUUUCAGAACGCAUUUAUGCAUAUUGAUACCUAUAUGCUGUGUCAGGCUACCUUUCGGAAAAUCUUAUACUUCGCCACUGCUAAGAACUUAUACAGUUACUUAUAAAUUACUCACAUGAUCAAAAAGGGUAGAUGGAGAUGUAACUGGGCUUAUAAUAGUAAUAUUAAUGAUAUUUGAUUGAUACUAGUAACUGUAUUUGGUUAGUCAUGUAGAAGGGUUAUAACAUCACAAACACGACACCAGUCACCGUAGUUGCUUCAAUUGGAAUACACCUGUAGUUGUCCUGACUAUGAAUUAUGGGCAUACAAAAUAGAUUCUCAUGGCAGCAAAUAUGCCCUAUAUCAGGGAUGGCGAACAUUUAAUGGUUAACGUGCCAAUAUAAAAAAAAAAUGGCCUGUAUUAUGCCACCUAAGACAGGUUUCAUCUAUCCAAGUUCCCCUUUUUAGCGAUUGUUUUUAUAACUCAACUAUGUUCAUGUUUUUUUUAUCGGGAUGCGGCAGUGGCAACACUGCACCUGAUGUUAAUCGAAUUGAAGCCCGAAGAAAGACAUAAUACAAAGUUUGGCGUAUUACUUGCGUAGCUGGAUUAUUUUGUCAUGUGCCACCACUGGCACACGAACCGUUGGUUCGCCAUCCCUGCCCACGUUAAAUCAAGCAUUUUAAAAUUUAUAAUGCAUUUUACAUACCAAACUACAAUAUAUGUGCAUUUUUAAAUUAAAUAAUCUCACAAGUAAUUUAUUAGGUGUGAAAGUAUUCGAGAAUAUUUUUAUGUUUUAACGAGUUUCAAUGUAAUCAAUAAUUUACUGCAUGAUUACAAUUCUUAGGUUAUAAAGAAUACAUUUGGAUUUUUAAAUUUAAUUUAUUUAUGCAUUAAGAUUUGGUAAUUAUUUUAAAAAACAAUUUAUUUUAAAAACAAUAUUAAAGUUUAAUGGCGGUAAAAUAAGAUUUAUACCAAUAUUAUCCUGCCAUGGUGUAUUUGCCAUUAAUUCAUUUAACAGUACCUUAUAGUUUUAUCAAUGCAUAGUAAGAUAGUAUUGUAUGACGCAGACAUUUUACAUCAUGAAUACAUAUUAAAUUACUACUGGCUUAAAACUUAUAUAGUAUGUCUAUGAUUUAAACAUCAAUGGCAAUAUUUUUACAAUUUGUAAUUAUUUAAUGUAUCAUUCUGUUUAAAAGUUUGUAGAGUGGAUUAUUAAGAGUGAAUCUGCACAUUUUGAUAACUUGGAAUGGAAAUAUUAUUAAUUUACAUUUUUGUCAAACCUAGUCACUAAAGCGGGGAAUUUCAUGAAACUCUUUAUCACUCCAUGAAAUCUUUGUGAAAUAUUUGAAAUCCUGAGACACAAUAAAUUAUGUGUAUGUAGAUGAUUUUAUCCAGAGAAGCAGUAUUAAUUUUUAAAAACCAACAUCAUUCUCAUUAUAAUCAUUUGUAAGUCAGUACUGAAGGGCUUUCACAAAAGACAUUGAAUCAAGAAAUAUUUGUAUGAAAUGAAAGACUGAAUCAUCUGUUUAGCCAAUCAAUUUUAUUAAAUUUUCAUCUAUUAAAAUAUUAAGCACAAGUGUGAUGAGAUUACGCAUUUUAUUGCUAUAUAUGUGAGAGUAACUUUGACUAGAAUAGGAAGGCUUUAUUGUUUGUUACUCUAACUGAUGUGCGUUUUUACAUAUUUUAAUAUUUAAAAUGUUGACUUUUCCAUCUGUGAAGUACAUUAGUAGAGCUCUAUAGAACAUAUUUUGUGAGUGCAUUAUACUACAUAAGCCAUAGAUACAACACUAUUCAAGACACAAGGCGUUCAUCCACAUCUGUCUUUUAAAGAGUUUAAUUGCAUAUAAUGUAUUUAUGUAAAUAACUUUACGAUGUUUUAUAAAGAUGUAUGAAAUAAUAUAUUAAUUUUAUAAGUGUGCAACGGUAACGGAUUGUGAAGCUUGAGCACAAAGUUUAGACAGAUUUUGUAACAAUCCUAUAAUAAACGUAACAGUCAACAAA